AUGCAGUCGGCGCAGCUUCUUCACAAGCUGGAGACUGGACAGGCAGACAUCGUAGACUUCACCCAGCACCUCUCAGCCAAAGCGAAGCAAGUGGCAUGGCAAGCCGCACUGCAGUCCGUCGCCGACUUGAGGCAGGUGGGCCUGCUGCCAGACACCAUCGUCUUUAACGUCGCCGGCCGCGCCUGUGCGGGCGGCACCCAGCGCCACCGCCAGGCAGCACCUGGUUCUUGGACUCAUGCCCUUCACCUCCUGCACACGGAGCUGCCCAUGCAGCGAUUGGAGCCUGAUGCAGUCAGCUUCGGCACGGCGACGUCGGCACUCCGGACCGGAGGCCGGGCCGAUGAGGCCUCGCGCUACCUCGCCGAUCUCGCAGCGGCCUCCCUUCGCCCGGGGCUGACGUCGCACAACACCGUCAUCAGUGCUUAUGCAGAGCGAGGUCGCUGGCAAGAUGCCAUUCGCCAGUCUGAGCUUGCGACAGAAUCUGGGCUGACCAGCGACGAGUUCACGUGCACGUCUGUGAUCAAUGCCUGUCGGCAGGAGCCGCAGGCGUGGCUUCUCAGCUGCUGCUUCUUGGAGCAGUACGUGGGCAUCCAGGCUUCCCUGGGCGACGAGGAGUGGAGCGAAGCCGUGUUCAAUGCGGCCCUGUCUUCGUGCGGGGCGAGCGGCUGGGCCUUUGCCCUUUGCACCGCGACGAGGCUGAAGCAGCGAGCCAGGCGCCUCGGCGCCGCCUCCCUGGCAACCCUCGUCUCGACCCGCGGUUGGGCGCACGCCUUGGAGGAGCUGCACGGAUGCACCGGGAGGAUUGGGGACUUCAUCGGACUUGUCCAGGCACUGGGCAGAGCCAGCGAGCAGGGUCCUUCGCAUGCAGCGAACCUGCUGCGCCAACUUCCAGAGAUGCGCGCUCAUCUUCACCCGGCUUUGUGGGGGACCGCCUUGGGAGCGUGCGGCCAGAAGGGUGCUUGGGAUUUAGCGCUGGUCUUGCUGGGCGACAUGUCGCAGCGCGCGCUGCAGCACGACGCCGAGUGCCUGGCUUCUGCGCUGGAUGCGUCCGACGCAGCGGGGACCUGGGGCACUGCUUUGCAGCUGCUGGACGACCUCCUGGAGGGAGCUGCUGCCGGUACCAAGCCAGGAGGUUCGGAGGACUUGCUCUGCGCCACCGGCCUCAGCGCUUGCGCUCAAAGCAGCUGGCGCCUGGCCCCUGAGCUGCUACGCCAGGCCACCAAGUCAGGCCUACGACCCUCAAGCCUGAGCUGGUGUGCGAUGCUCCCGCCCUUGGAUGUCGAUUCCUGGGCCUGCGCCCUGGAGGUUCUGGCAGGUGUCGGCGAGCAGUCCGUGCCCAUCACCAGCUCGCUCUUGGGCGCGGUGGUGAACUCACUGAAGCCCUGGAGCACUGAGUGGAGGCUAGCAUCAGGCCUCUUGCAGUGGGCUACUGCGUGGCACGUGCAGACUCAUGUCGGAUGCCAUAACGCAGCCACCGGCCUUUUCGCUUCCGCCUCCGCUUGGGCAGCUGCUGUGCAGCAGCUUGACAACAUGCACUGGUCGUGGUGCCACCUCGAUCGCAUCAGCGUUCAAGCCUCCCUGGCUGCAUGCCUUGCUGGCUUGCGAUGGAGGCCAGCCUUGAGCGUGUUAAGCCACGGGGACAUCUCCGGCCAGGAGGUCAACAUCGCUGCCCAGGUCAUGGCCCAGGCUGCCCAGUGGUUCUCAGCCCUCUCACUUCUGAGAAGCGCAAGAGGACGAGGUCUGGUGCCAGACACCACAUCACUCCCCGGGCUGGCCACGGCGAUGCAACAGGCCAAGCCUGACACACCGCUGUGGCAGGCCGGCCUCGCGCAGCUCCUCGACGCCCGGAGCCGGCGCCAGGUGGUCGGAACCGACACCUACCAGGCCAUCAUCGUGAGCAGCUUCUGA